AGUGCCUGCCUGGUGAGUGUCCACACUGCCACAUAGAGCAAAGGCCUUGUGGUGUUUUUCUGAACUUGUUUUUUAUUAUAAAUUGACUCAAAUGUGUAGCUGUGCAUUCCGUGCAGUUCUUCAUGUUUACAUGAAAUUUUGUAAAAGUUUGCUGGCUAAGGCAGUAACAGUUGUUAACUCCUGUGCUGGGAAAGCUGGGAGAAGCCAUUUCCCUAGAGCUAAUUGGCAUUCUUGGAAAGUUUCAUGAUUAAAUCUGACUAGUGUGUGAGAGUGUGUCUUUUACAGUGAAUGUCAUGACACAUAUGCCAGUAUAUGCCAUGUAUUCUUAGAUUAAUUUUUCAGUUUAACUAACCUCAUUAAGGUCAGUGGAUAUUAUUGAUGAUGUUUCAAGUGAAAAUCCUUUUGUUUUCCUUUUGUUUCAAUUUUAAAGGAAAAUACAGUUUAAAAAAAAUCAGUGUUUUCUUUCUAAAAUACAGAUGCUUCGUAGCAAAACCAGAAUUACUUGAAGUUGUUUUCACCAUCUACUUGAUAUGGUAUAGUUAGCCUGGUUGCUUUUGUGCCUUCAUCGUCACAGCUAUCUUCUAGAGCUGGCAGUGAAGUUCUAGGUCCAGCUGGAAGAGCAUGUUGUCUUCAUCCCCUGAUGUGAAGGUGACCGUGUUCCUCUCACAGAGCUGUGUUCCCAUGUAGUGAGGCUGAGGCUGCUGCAGGUCAGCACCAGGUUCUGCUGUUCAAGGAUCUAACAGUGGAUGCUGGUUUCAACACCUUGGGCUCUUAGUUUUGGUCUCUGUUACUGACUGAAUUUGGUAGCAUGCCUAGUGUUUACUCAGACUUGUCAGGUAUUAUAAUUUUUCUAGUAAUAAUAGUAAUAAUUUUUUAAAUUUUGAGAGAAGAAUGAAGAUGAUUUCACAAACUGUAAUUUCCAAGAUUGUGACUUAAAGAUUAAUUGUAAUCUUUAAAAUAGCUUUUAUAAAGAGAAAAUAUAUUUUCCAGGCAAAUAUUUGAACGUCUGUCAAUUUGCGAAAAUUCUGAGAUGAAAAAAACUUCUGCUAUCUACUUUCAUAGACUUCCUCCUUUUGGGAUUAAGUGAGAAUCAAUCUUGCUGAGUAAAACCUUAAGCUACCCACAAAAUUAAGAAAUACAUGCAUUCAAGUAGGCAUUGAGCUGGAGUGAAAUAAAGACAGAGUUCACUAGUACUGCACAUGUCUGCAAACUUUGGGGUUUAUGUCACUCAUGAAAUUGGGCCAUUGUUGAAGUAGAGCUUAUGGUCAGGCUGUUCAGUUACAGUUGUUAAUUUGUGGUUUUCUUCCAGUCUGCAGCUCGGGGAAAAACUUGUUGUCUACAGGUACCACUGAGUGUCAGCUGUGUCUUACGUGGUUAGAGACCCCAUACUUGUCCUGGAGAGCAAGAGCUGUCCUGACGCUGGUCUGGCUCAGGGUCACUGUGAAGGGGAGGCCAGGGGACAUUUCAGCUGGGCUUUUUGUGGGUUCCCCCCUCACCCCAGCUCCUCUCAGUGGUGGUGCAGAAGGUGCUGCAGUUGAGGGCCUUAUAGUUCCUCUCCUAAAAUUCAUCCCUAAGUCUGGGCAGCUACUUCUCUCACCCACUGAGGCACUCUGUAGCAAUUGUUUGCUGCACAACAUCUCCAAAAGUUGAAGUGCUAGAGCUGUUUGGUGCUGGCUCCCAGCAUGGGGGGUGGCUGGGGGGUGGCUGUGCAGCUGCUCCUGGAUGUCCCCCUUGGCAGUUCUGGGGAUAAGAACUCCUGCUGGGAGCUACGUCUCCAAGUGGUAGGAUGAUGCUUCUUAUUUAAUUAGAUGUUUAUACCUGAGGAUGGGACAGGCAGGCCUGUGUGUGUGUAUGUAAAAUAAUGGAUGAAAGAAAUGCCCUGUAAAUGUUCCUGUCAGAGCAGAUGGUCACAGGUUGGUGGGUGAUGCCACACUGCUGGUAUCAAAGAAGGAAAAUGGCUGGAAAUGUUUGUUUGUGAGAGUCCAUUAGCAAAAGUGUGUGCCAGGGCAGAGCUGUGCUUAGCUGCUUUUGUUGCAGGUUGCCUCGUUUUGAAUUUCAUCUUAUUAUAUCUGUUGUUUGCUAGAAGACAUUUCAAAGCACUGUAAUGAUAAAAUUAAAUAUCUUUGCAUCAGAAGAACUGGGAGAUUUAGAACUGGUGUCACAUCUUUUGCAUAGUAAGCAAAAUAAUAAUGUGUGGCACUAGUUCUAGUGUUAACUGUGAGAUUCCAAAACAUCUGUGUUAUUAACCUCUUCAUGUUUUUAUAUGACAGAAAUAGAAUUUCAGCUUGCCAGUAACCUUUAAUAGCAUUGAGCUUAAUACUGCUCUUGGGAGAAUCAUUGUGUUACGUCACUCAUCAGUCCAGUGAUGAACUCAUUGCACUCGAACAUUUCUGAUUUUACUGGCAGGUGGGUUUUCCCUCCCCUAGAUUUGCACAGUUACGCAGAGGAUUCAAGACCCACCAGCAAUUAAAAGUCUGAUGGACAAUUUGGUUGUACUUUUUAUGCCUCUUUUAACAGUUUUCAAAUAUAAGACUCUUAACCUUCAACUUUUUUCCUCACAAUCCAAAGCAAAGCCUGACAAAGACUCGAGCUGUUCUCCUGCAGCACAAGAAUUGAUGACAAGAUUGGGGUUUUUACUGGGGGAAGGAAUCCCAACUUCUUCUCACAUGGAAGAGAAGAGCGAAGUUAUGUGUGCGGUGGCCAGCCGAGGUGUGAGCCCCUGUUCCACCCUCACCAGCAGCACCACAUCACCCAGCACCGACAGCCCCUGCUCCACCCUCAACAGCUGUGCUGGCAAAGCAGCAGCCAACAAGGGCAGUCCCUGUGGCACCAUCAGCACCCCCAGCUCCACCCUGGAGAGCAAGGACAGUGGCAUUAUAGCCACUAUAACAAGUUCAUCAGAAAAUGAUGAUCGUAGUGGAUCCAGCUUAGAAUGGAGUAAGGAUGGGAGUCUCAGAGCUGGAAAACACCAAGGCAUCAGCUGUGAUAGAAGAACAGAUAAUUGUUCACCAGUUGCAGAAGAGGAAGCCAUUGGAUCUUCUGAGAAUUUGCCUAAAGAAGUACCAACAGGAGAGGGUCCCCUUCCCUACACUCAGAGUUCUGCUUCUUUAAUAAUGCCUCGUCCAAACUCUGUUGCAGCAACAAGUUCAACGAAAUUGGAAGAUUUGAGUUAUUUGGACGGACAAAGAAAUACUCCUUUACGAACUUCAAUUCGCUUACCUUGGCACAACACCGCUGGUGGAAGAGUGCAGCAGGAAGCUCGUUUCAUCCCCUAUAAGCCUCAGGACAUUUUACUGAAGCCACUGUUGUUUGAGGUGCCAAGCAUAACCACAGAUUCAGUGUUUGUUGGAAGAGAAUGGCUGUUUGACACCAUUGAAGAAAAACUGCAGAAUCCUGAGCCAGCAGAGAACAGGGGAGCAGUCAUUACUGGAAAUGUGGGAUUUGGGAAGACUGCAGUCAUUUCACGGCUGGUGGCACUCAGCUGCCAUGGAAGUCGCAUGAGACAAAUCGCCUCCAACAGCCCGAGUUCAUCUCCUAAAACAGGUGGUGACUCCUGUCAGGAGAUUCCCUUGAGCCAGUUACCCCCAUGUGCCCCUUUGUCGGGUGACACCAAUACAAUGAAAACUCUGGCUUGUCCUGGUACUCCUGAAUACAAAACUCAGACAGGGGAUUCUGUGAGACGCCUCGCUUCCAAGGUCGUUGCUUAUCAUUACUGCCAGGCUGAUAACACAUACACGUGUCUGGUCCCUGAGUUUGUGCACAGCGUGGCAGCUUUGCUUUGCCGCUCACAUCAGUUAACAGCAUACAGAGAUCUCCUGAUCAGAGAGCCUCACCUGCAGAGCAUGCUGAGCCUCAGGUCUUGUGUGCAGGAUCCAGCAGCAGCUUUUAAAAGGGGAGUGUUGGAACCACUUUCAAACCUCAGGAGAGAGCAGAAGAUCCCUGAGGAAGACUACAUCAUUUUGGUAGAUGGUUUAAAUGAUGCUGAAUUUCAUAAACCUGAUUAUGGUGACACAAUUUCUUCAUUUAUCACAAGUAUAAUUUAUAAGUUUCCUCCCUGGCUGAAGCUUAUUGUGACAGUAAGAACUAAUUUCCAGGAAGUGGUAAGUUCACUACCGUUUAUCGCAAUAUCCCUGGACAGUUUUCCAGACAACAAAGGAAUUCAUGAUGAUUUGAAUGCUUAUAUUCAGUACAGAAUUAAUAACAGUCAGGAAAUUAUAAACAACAUGUCUUUAAAUGGAAAAGCUGAUGCAGCUACAAUUGGGAAAGUGAGUAACCACCUGAUGAUGAGAAGCCUGGGAUCUUAUCUGUAUUUGAAACUCACUCUGGAUCUUUUCCAAAAAGGUCAUUUAGUAAUCAAAAGUGCAAGCUACAAGGUUGUUCCUGUGUCUCUGUCAGAGCUGUACUUACUGCAGUGCAAUAUGAAGUUCAUGACAAACUCUGCUUUUGAGCGAGCUCAGCCCAUAUUGAAUGUGGCAUUGGCAUCCCUGCAUCCCAUGACAGAUGAACAGAUUUUCCAGGCUAUUAAUGCAGGACAAAUAAACAGUGAACAACAGUGGGAAGACUUCAGCCAGAGGAUGGAAGCCCUUUCGUGUUUUCUGAUCAGAAGACGUGACAAAACACGCAUGUUCUGCCAUCCUUCCUUCAGGGAAUGGCUUGUCUGGAGAGCAGAAGGUGAAAAUACUGACUUCUUAUGUGAGCCAAGGAAUGGACAUGCUCUACUGGCUUUCAUGUUUUCUCGACAGGAGGGAAAGUUGAACCGCCAACAAACUAUGGAACUUGGCCAUCAUAUACUUAAAGCUCAUAUUUUCAAGGGUCUCAGUAAAAGGACCGGAAUUUCUUCCAGUCAUCUCCAAGCCUUGUGGAUUGGUUAUAGUACUGAUGGACUGUCAACAGCCCUGGCUUCUCUAAGAAACAUCUACACACCCAACGUGAAGGUGAGUCGGCUGCUAAUUUUGGCAGGAGCAAAUGUGAAUUACAGGACUGAAGUACUGAAUAAUGCUCCAGUGCUGUGUGUUCAGUCACACCUUGGACACGAAGAAGUGGUCACUCUUUUACUCGAGUUUGGAGCUGCUGUUGAUGGAAGUUCAGAGAACGGGAUGACAGCCCUCAGUUACGCAGCUGCUGCAGGUCACAUGAACAUCGUGUCACUGCUGUGCAGAAAAGGUGCAAAGGCUGACCUUGCAGACAAGAAGGGCCAGUGUGCUUUGGUCCAUAGUGCACUGAGAGGGCAUUGUGGAAUCCUCCAGUUCUUGCUCGGCCUGGUUUGGGUGACUCCCUCCCGGGAACAGGAUUCACUGAGGAAGCGCCAGGCACUGCAACAAGCUCUCACAGCAGCUGCCAGCAUGGGGCACUGCCAGGUGGUUCAUUACAUCUUGACAGUUGAAAAAGACCAUGACAUGGACAUCAAUGACACUGAUGCCUUGUGGGGAGAAACAGCCCUGACAGCUGCUGCAGGAAGAGGGAAGCUGGAAGUGUGCAAGUUACUCCUCGGGCACGGAGCGGCCGUGAGCAGAGGCAGCAGGAGAGGAGUUCCCCCGCUCCUCUGUGCCGUACGGCAGGGCCACUGGCAGAUUGCUAAACUUCUAGUGGAGCAUGGGGCUGACGUGAAUUUAAAUGAUAAGCAAGGCCGGACACCACUGAUGGUGGCUUCUUGUGAAGGACAUCUGAGCACUGUGGAAUUCCUCCUUUCUGAAGGUGCAACUGUUUCAUCUCUGGACAAGGAAGGACUGACAGCUCUGAGCUGGGCGUGUCUGAAAGGCCACAAGGAAGUGGUUCGGUAUUUAGUAGAGAAAGGUGCAGCAACGGAUCAGACAGACAAAAAUGGACGAACACCCCUAGACUUGGCAGCUUUUUAUGGGGAUGCUGAUAUUGUGCAGUAUUUGGUGGAGAAAGGAGCAAUGAUUGAGCACGUGGACCACAGUGGCAUGAGGCCGCUGGACAGAGCGAUUGGCUGCCGCAACACCUCAGUCGUGGUCAUGCUGCUGAGGAAGGGAGCUAAGCUAGGAAAUGCAGCAUGGGCAAUGGCCACCUCCAAACCUGAUAUUCUCCUGAUUCUUCUGCAGAAACUGAUGGAAGAAGGAAAUAUGCUGUAUAAAAAAGGCAAGAUGAGGGAAGCAGCACAGCGCUAUCAGUAUGCACUGAGGAAGUUCCCAAGGGAAGGCUUUGGUGAGGAAAUGAAAGCCUUCACUGAGCUGAGAGUUACGUUAUACCUGAACUUGUCACGAUGUCGCCGCAAAACAAACGAUUUUGGUAUGGCUGAGGAGUUUGCUACCAAAGCCUUGGAUCUGAAGCCUAAGUGCUAUGAAGCCUAUUAUGCCAGAGCAAGAGCCAAGAGGAACAGCAGAAAGCUACUUGCUGCUCUUGCUGACCUACGGGAAGCCACUCAGCUGUGCCCCAGCAAUCAGGAGAUAAAACGUCUCCUGGCUCGGGUGGAAGAGGAAUGCAAACAGUUCCAGAGAACACAGCAACAGAAACAUCAGUCUCCACAGCUACUUGAACAAACCAACAACUCUGAUAAUGAGGAGGAGGGCAUUGUACCAGGUGCGAAUGAUAAUUUGAAUCUUCAGGACAGGGAAGAUGAACUGCCACACCCCAGUGAAUCUGUUUCCCCUCCACAAAGGCUGCAGUGUCCCUCGACUGCUUCAUUAUUUAGCAGGACCCUUCAAGAAGGUGUUCAGAAAGCUCAGUUUGUGUCCCCUCAAAGUAGAACAAGCAACAAGUACUUGAGAGAGCCAGGCUUGAUCAUGCAGCCAACAAAGCAGGCACAGAUUGUAAAAACUAAUCAGCAUCUGAGCUCCAGCCAGCCUGGAUCUAAACCAGGAAGCAGUCAAUGUAGCACCAAGACACAAUCAUCCUUGCAGCAGCUUCCCCACAGUCCCUUGCCCACCCGGCACUCUAAAAGUCAGUAUGUGGAUGAGACAAGCACAUUGGCAUCUGGAAGCGUUUCCACAGAUCCCACUGCUGAGCUGCACAAUGAGAAGUUUGUGUCCAGCCAGCGUUCAUAUACACAGCAUCAUGAGCCUCUCUCUUCUCGUUCUUUUGCUAGUAAAUCUAAACCUGGUGACACAUCAGCAGCCUCUGCUCCAAUGCAUGUCAGUGACUCAAGGCAGCAAAGCCCUGUACCCAGUGGUGGCUCUUCUGGCUCUCCAGCCAGCAGUGUGAUUCUUGCCAGCUCAUCAAGCAGCUUCAUUUCAGCCAGCAGUUUGUCAGGCAGUGUUAAGGGGCUGGGCCCAGAUGUUCGACUCAAGGAGAGCACUGUCAGUCAAGCUCAGGGUGCUGAGCACCGACCUCGCAAUACUCCGUUUAUGGGAAUCAUGGACAAGACUGCAAGGUUUCAGCAGCAAAGCACACAGUCUAGUCGCACUUGGCACUCUCAGGCAGCAGAUUCGCUAUCCACAAAUGUCGCUUCUGCAGGCAUUCAGCCUUCCAACUUGGAGCAGUUCUCAGUUAAACACUACUCAUCUAAAGGAUCCUCUACAGCUGCAGCCCCAGGAGAUGGCAGCCAGAGCAGUGUGCAAGCAAAAGAACAUGAGGAGCUCAUGUGCCAAAUCCCUCUCCACUGUACAGACAGCAGAUCACCCAGCCAAGGUUCUCAUUUAUACCCCGAUGCUGUAGGCAAACUGCCAUCCCACAGCACUCAGGACGGCCACCUCAGUCACAUCAGCACGGCAAAACCAAAGCGAUCGUUCAUUGAAUCAAAUGUAUAAAUACUGUUCUGUCAAUGGACCGGGUAGACCUGGCUCACACCAUCGCUCUACGAAACACUGAGUGCCUGGGCAUGGCUGGGUCCUAGGGAGCAGUCUUUAAUGGGAUACAACCACUUCCAACUGUUCCUACCAUCACAGGGCAGUGACAGUAACUGGAAUAACAAAUUUGUGUAGAAAGACUCAGAUUGGCCUAGGAGCCCGAGCAGAGAAAUCCUUUCCAUUACAUGUUACCAUUAAAUAAGCGUUUCCUUUCACGUAGGGUUUCAGUCUUGGCUUUGGGUUCUUUUUCUCACACAUAGUACUCGUGCCUCUCAAAUGCUUCUGUGCUGGUGUCUCACAGCAGCGCUAAGGGAGAAAAUCUGCUGCAGAAUACUCAGAUCUGUACAUGCAUGCAUUUUUUAAAUCAAAUUAUUUUAACACUUUUCUAGUGGGAUCUAAUUUGGGUUGCAUGAUGUACAUUUAGGAAGCAUAAAUAAUUUGUGUAUGAGUAAACUUUAAGCAGCCAUGCUUUGAUAUGUAAAUAAAACUAUUUUUAGUAACUAGAAGCAAUUAAAUAAAAUGAGUGACAUUUGCAUGUGUAUUGAGAGGCUUUGACCAUAUUGGUUAUUGCACUGAAGAACACAAUAUUAUGGCCUAUUAACAAUAAUCGCACUUUAUAUAGGGUAUCUAAUCACCUUUGGGUGCUAUCUUAAAGCAAAAUGAUCUGUUGUUUAUUUGUGAAAAGGUACCAGUAAAUGCUUAGUAAAUGCUUUUAUGGAAAACCCAAGAAAGGGAUGGAGUGAACGUGGAAGUUUAAGGAAAAGCGUAUGUGCAGUUGCAUGACAGGAUGAAGUUGAGAAAUUGGUUUUUUGAGGAAAUGAGAGGUUUUAUUGGCAAGAACAUUCUGAAAAUGAACUGCUGCAGUGACAUUCCUAUGAGUGCAAUUCAGUUGGAGUGCUCAGCUUUAUACUCUUCUCAUCAUGCUUGAUUACAGUGUUCUGUGUACAUUGUAAACAGCUGUACCCAGCUCUGCACAUCCUUUUGCAGUUUGCAUCAUUACACUUCAGCUUAUUUAUUGUUUACCGUUUCUUUGAUAUUUUGUACAAGUCCUAUAUUAGUCUUGUCCUGUAGUUCUAUUUUUGCACAGCUACUGUAUUCUUUCCAUACAAAAUAAAGAUUAUUAAUAUA